AUGACUUGGGAUGAAGAAAACCUGUGUGAUGUUUCAUCCAGAAAGAAAAAGCUUUACAGACUGGUUGCUGUGAGCGUCGGACUCCUGUGUAUGCUACAAGCUACUGUCAACAUUUCCCUGCGACUUGCUCUCCACAGUUCUGGUUCGAGGACACCAGAUUUUGAGGCCAUUAUCAAAAAUCUGACUGCAGAGGGAGAACAACUAAAGAUGAAGCUGAGUACCUUUUAUAAUUACUCCAAGGAAGGAUGGAUGUAUUUCAACCACAGUUUCUACUACAUAUCUUCCAUCAACAAGCCCUGGCAGGACAGUAGAAACGACUGCCUGCAGCGUGGUGCAGACCUGCUGAUCAUCAACAGCAAAGAGGAGCAGGAAUUUGCAAGACAGUUCAAACGGCUGACAUGGCUCGGUCUGACCGACAGGGAGACAGAGGGGACGUGGAAAUGGGUGGAUGGGACUGCACUGAACCAAAGCUACUGGAGACGUGGGGAGCCGAACAGCUUUCAGGGCAAAGAUGAAGACUGUGGAGAAUUAAGGUUCCCUGACGAGGAAAACGGCUGGAAUGAUAUAUCGUGUACAUCGCAAAACUACUGGAUCUGUGAAAAGAUGCAGGCUUAAACUAUCUGAUAAAUAAUAAGAUGCAGGGUAAUUGUUAUGGGUCAUACAUUGCUUCAUAUAAAGUUAAGACUUUUGAAUUUACUUUUUGACUUUUGAAAGUAUCUGUCAUGUUCAUCCCCCUUGCUGCAUCAGGCCUCAUUAUCUCUGCACUGACAUUCUCUACUGUAUCUCCUCUAAAAACCUCAGAUGCUGCACUGUUUGUUGCUGUGUCGCCAUGAGGAAACUGCGAGCACACAGAUGUUUAUCUUACAGUUGUGCAAGUUCUGAUAACUUCAGUCUUUAAUUAGAUAUCCUGCAUGUAGCAGUCAUGGCCUUUAAAUCUUGACUUCUGCUUUUGGGUAAUAGAUGUUAUCUUUCUGAGCAACAGUAUAUUUCUAAAGGUGGAUUUUGUUUUUUUGUUUCUUGAAUCAAACAAAUGUGUUUCUUGUUGAGUUUGGGAGACAGAAGGAGUUAGAAAUGAGCAGUUCAGCUCAUCAAAACUCAAUGUGUUUUCUCCAACACACACAAACAAAUCAGGCACGCACCUCAUGUUGUUACUAUUUUGAUUUAAAUUACCGGUAUAUCAGAAACCUAUUAACCUGAUAUCAGAUAAAAUAGACAGCUUUCUCUGUAGUCAAAUAAAUAUAAAAGAAAUAAAAUGUGAUAAUAAAGUAUAACAACAGUGUGGUAAUAAACAAAACACAAUCACAAAUGGUGAGAUGCUUUAUCAUACGAUGCACGUGUCAUAGACACAUGCAGUGGUGGUUCUAGGGGCCUCCAGGGGCCAAUGCCCCUGUAAAGAAGCACUGGGCCCCUGCUGUGGCCCCUGUGUCAAAUUAAUAAUAAAAUGAUCAAUUCAUAAUGAUGAACGACGGAACAAUUCUCACCUAUUUUUUGUUCAAACAAUAUCUCAUUGUACACAAAAGGAAACAAAAAUGUCACAUUGUAUAAUAGUUUAAUUGUGCAAUAAAAGCUUGUGUAUAUUAAAAAAAGAUCACUCUCACUGUGCUGCACUUUCAAAAUAAAAAAGUAAUUGUGCACAAAAAUGAGAAAUGUCAUUGUUGUA